AUGGAGUCCCCGGUCCAGAUCUUCCGCGGGGAGCCGGGCCCCACCUGCGCCCCGAGCGCCUGCCUGCUCCCCAACGGCAGCGCCUGGUUCCCGGGCUGGGCCGAGCCGAACGGCAGCGCCAGCGCGGAGGACGCGCCGCUGGAGCCCGCGCACAUCUCCCCGGUCAUCCCGGUCAUCAUCACCGCGGUCUACUCCGUGGUGUUCGUCGUGGGCUUGGUGGGCAACUCGCUGGUCAUGUUCGUGAUCAUCCGAUACACAAAGAUGAAGACAGCAACCAACAUUUAUAUAUUUAAUCUGGCUUUGGCGGAUGCUUUAGUUACCACAACCAUGCCUUUCCAGAGCACGGUCUAUCUGAUGAAUUCCUGGCCUUUUGGGGAUGUGCUGUGCAAGAUAGUCAUUUCCAUUGACUACUACAACAUGUUCACCAGCAUAUUCACCCUGACCAUGAUGAGCGUGGACCGCUACAUUGCCGUGUGCCACCCCGUGAAGGCUUUGGACUUCCGCACGCCCUUGAAGGCAAAGAUCAUCAAUAUCUGUAUUUGGCUCCUGUCAUCAUCUGUUGGCAUAUCCGCCAUAGUCCUUGGGGGCACCAAAGUCAGGGAAGACAUGGAUGUCAUCGAGUGCUCCUUGCAGUUCCCGGAUGACGACUACUCCUGGUGGGACCUCUUCAUGAAGAUCUGUGUCUUCGUCUUUGCCUUUGUGAUCCCUAUCCUCAUCAUCGUCGUCUGCUACACCCUGAUGAUCCUGCGCCUAAAGAGUGUCCGGCUCCUUUCUGGCUCCCGAGAGAAAGAUCGCAACCUCCGCCGGAUCACCAGGCUGGUCCUGGUGGUGGUGGCUGUCUUCAUCAUCUGUUGGACCCCCAUUCACAUCUUCAUCCUUGUGGAGGCUCUGGGGAGCACCUCCCACAGCACAGCCGCCCUCUCCAGCUAUUACUUCUGCAUCGCCUUGGGUUACACCAACAGCAGCCUGAACCCCAUUCUCUACGCUUUUCUUGAUGAAAACUUCAAGCGGUGUUUCAGGGACUUCUGCUUUCCAAUUAAGAUGAGGAUAGAACGACAGAGCACCAGCAGGGUCAGAAAUACAGUCCAGGAUCCUGCUUACGUGAGAGAUGUGGAUGGGAUGAAUAAACCGGUAUGA